UCUGCAUUCACGCAGAUGGUGACUUGAUCGUUGGUCUCCGGGGAUCUAGGAAUUCUGCAGCCUCGUUGUAUUUAUGCACAACCCAUGAAACGUGACCCACCUAUCUCAGUCUGAUGUCCUGACCAUUUAUUACCUUCCUCCGAUCACGAUCACUCGAACUUGAAAAAUCAUACGUCCAGCCAGCGCUUCCUCGUGUCGCACACAUCACCGUCGCAUGCGCCAUGUCUACUUCAAAUCAGUCGCGGCCUCGGCGCGCUGCGCGGGUGCGAUACAACGAAGACAGUGACUCUGUUGACCUUUCCGACUUCGAAACUCGACCUCAGCCACAACGAGCUGUUCGCCGGAGGAUCCAGACCUACAGAGAACAGAGCAGUGAUGAAGACACAACGGAAACAUCGUCGGACGAAUCCGACUCGCUAUCAGAAGAGGUCUUGCCACAACAAGGAACGCGAUCGCGACCCAAAAGAAUACACAAGCCCUCUACGAGACCUCAAAAACGGAAACCUCAAAAAGCUGGUACAAGAACAGUCGCAAAUCCAUUUAGCGCAUACAAAAGACAGAAAACGCGGUCGCACGACGUCAACCAUAGCAAAGCCAAGGAUGCUAUCACAAUUUCACUGCCGCCGAAUGGUCGCAUUCCUCCGUGGCAACAACUUCCCUACCAAAUCCUCGUGAGCAUCAUGAGAUAUGCAGCAUACCCGCUGUACGAAUCGCGAUCCCGCCCCACUGCCUCGAUACACUGGCUGUGUUCGUUGUCAAGGCUCUGCCGGUCAUUUCAUGAUGCCUGUACUGCGGCCUUGCUCCACAACCCUCCAUUGUAUCCCGAUGUUCGAGCUUACGGUCUCAUUCACCUGUUACAACAAGACCCUGGCAGGUUGAUGACAAAUUACCGCAGGAAAAUACACUACCUCGAUAUCGAGGUUAAGCACCUUCUCGCCCGGAAGAGCGGCAUUGCUCUGGAAGACUUGAUAUCGAACACACCGUUGCUGCAGGGCAUGCGACUGUAUUCCACGUACGACGAUUGGAGAACCGAGGUAUGGGCGCAGCCGGGGGUCCGCAAGAUUCACUGGUCCUACCCACCAGAGUUGUUUGAUCUCCUCGACGAUAAUAAUGUGAUUCUGAAGCAAUUUGAAUGGAAUGGGAGGUUUCCUAGUCCGACGGAAGUCUUGGAAACGACACUUGCGGCCCAUUCAAGACCGGCUUUCAGCAGAUUGCAGGAAUUGUCCCUUCUGAACUUGACUCCUCCCGACAAGUCAAGUGACGCUGAGAUUGCAAAGUUCCAAAGCAUGUUCACGAGUGCCUUUGAACACCUCACAGGGUUGAAGCGACUGUCCCUCAUCAACUGCGGCUGCUUGGAUGAAUCGACCACCCCCAUGCUUCCAGUCGGGCUCGAAUACCUCGAGAUCGAUAACUGCUCCAAACUGACGUCGACGGCACUUGAGCAAUACCUGCAGGUCGGCGGCAGCACGAUACGAACAUUGAAACUGUGUGACAAUCAAUCCAUGUCACUGGGGUUCAUGGCCGACGUGAAAUCUAUGUGCCCUCGCCUUCAGGACAUCGACGUGGACAUGCUCUACGUCGACCCGACAUCCUAUCGCGAUCGAGACCCACUGUACGACGAGCUCCUCCCCAACGGGCCUCCGACGUGGCCGUCCAGUCUCGUCAACGUCUCGUUUGAGAAUAUGCGCCAAUUGUCGGCCGAGGAUGCCGAAGACUUUUUCGAUUCUCUUGUCGAAUCUUCGCGGCACCUACCACGCCUGAAGAGACUCAACAUCAAAGCCAUCCUGAAGAACGCCAGCUGGCGGGAUCGCGCGCAGUUGCGAAAGAUGUGGUUGCCGAAACUCCAAAACGUCUUCCUGAAUAGAUCCAAGCCCUCCGGCCCCGCCCCCGUCUCCGCUGCUGGAGGCCACACCAAACGCGCCAGCGUCUCUCAGCGACAAAGCAGCAGGAUCGCCGAGAGCCUCAAGCGGAUGAGCACGGGCGACGACACGGGCGAUAGCGACGCCGCGUCUUCCUCCCUCGCCAUUCAGGGUCGGUGCGACGUGGUCAACCUACAGAUCUCCGACCAGAGACCGGCCCAGGACCAGUUCCGUGAGGACGACUUUUUGGACGACGAACCGAGCGACGACGAAGAGUGGAUGGGCGUGGAUAGAGAGCCGGUCUCGACCGGGUAUGCAUGGUAGGGCGGGUGGUUUGACAAGGACGCGACGGUGGCACUCGAUUGUUCACAUGGCACCUUGGGAGAUGUUUUGGGUUCUGGGUGUUGGCUCGCGAGGGCGUUUUGUGUCAACGGAAAAAUGAAUCAGGAUAGACUUAUCGUAAAGUGAUAAGAUGAUAGAUGAUGUAUGAUGCCGGAUUUGCGUGCCAACGAGUAUUGAUAAACAUUAAUUCAAAAAAAAAUCAAAC